UGGUGUGCGCUCAAUCAAGUCACCAGCCAGUCCCCAUGGCCUUCUCCUUCGGCGGCACCGCUGCGGCGCCUGCCGCCUCCUCCGGCUUCAGCUUCGGCUCCACGCCAGCCGCCCCCGCCGCCUCGUCGGGCUUCAGUUUCGGUGCGACGUCUGCGGCUCCAGCCGCAUCCAGUGGCUUCAGCUUCGGCGGAUCUUCGGCUGCUCCUGCUGCUUCCAGUGGCUUCAGCUUUGGCGCUACCCCGGCUGCGCCAGCGGCCUCCAGUGGCUUCAGUUUUGGCGCUACCCCGGCGGCUCCAGCGGCCUCCAGUGGCUUCAGCUUCGGCGCGAAACCUGCCUCGACGCCCUCUACAGGCUUCAGCUUCGGAGCGUCGACCGCUCCAGCGUCUACUGCCCCCAGUCUCUUUGGAACAACAGGGACGGCCACAACGACGCCUGCGCCCACAGGAUUCGGCUUCGGAGGCUUCGGAACGCAGCAACCAGCGGCGACAGGAGGCUUUGGAGGCUUCGGCACGGCACAACCUGCAGCUGCAACUCAACCAGCUGGCCCUCCGAUCACAUUGGAGACGGCGUUCGAGGCGCUACCGGAUGACGUCAAGAAGAACAUGACGCAGUUCCACGCCUUCCUCAAGGAGCAGGACCAGUCGGACGCCUUCCUCAAGACUGUGUCACCCCGUCAAAUGGAGGUUUUACGCGAGAAUAUGGCCAAGUUGGAGCAGGAAGUACUGGCACGACGCAACCGGCAGGACCGCCAGACUGCCGCGGUACAGCAUGUGCGUCAGGAUGUCCGCCAGUUGCUCCAUCAAGUGGAUGCAGCUACUCUAACUCGUCGAAGUCUGGACAGCAGCAACGGUGGCACACCCAACAUGUACCACGUCAUGCGACGCGUAGAGAUGCCUUCGCCGUAUUACUGGGAGUUGCUGGACCACUACGAACAGAAGAUGGCGGCUAUCAAGGCGCAGAUCGAAGACGUGGAGGCGCAGUUUAAGCCGCUUUACGAUGGCCGGAGUAACGCCAACGCAACUGGAGCUGGAGCCCCCGCGCCUGCCCAACUGCAGCAGAUUUUACUUGCACAGAACGCUGCACUCAUGCAGGCUGCAGCUCGCGUGGCGGAAGUGCACGAGAAGGCUGAGGAACUGCGGCAAUUGUUCCUGACUAAGAUGCGAGAAGACCUGGCUCGACAUGGUGAGAAGAACCCGGCAGCUUUCCAGAACCCGUUCGACAAGCGUAAGAAGAGCAGCGAGGCAGAUAAACGCCAGGCGAUCGACAAGAUCCGCUUCCGUACCAGUGUCGCGCCUACAAUCGUGACUCCGCAGCCAGCUGCAGCUCCUGCUACAGGGUUUGGCUUCGGGACGACAGCGUCCACAGCUACUACUGCUCCGACUAGCGGCUUCAGUUUCGGCUCGACAGCUGCGUCUGCGCCAGCUAAGACCGUGUCGUUCAACCUCACAAGCACCACAGCCACGUCCGUCGCUCCCCCUGCCACCACUACUAGCAUUACGGCUGCACCGCUGGCGACGGGAUUCACAGCGCCCACAGUAGCUACAAGCGGCUUUGGCUCGUCAUUCCUUCCGUCCGCUACUGACACUUCGGCCGCGGUCGGCAGCAAACGUAGUGGCCGCGCUCAAAAGAUGCGGAAGUAGAGUCGGUAAACUACCGUAAUAAAUGACUACAUUUGGACGAAGAAAUGGAAGCGUGUACUAAAAUAUCUUACCGUUUCCCAGAAGAAAAAAAUAGUAAAAACAACAAAUGCAAGUAAUGAAAGCGCCAAA